CUCCCGCGCGACCAGGCCGACAACUCCUCUCCCACACGCCUCCGAGCUCGGUUUUUGCACCACCUUGCACCAUCGUGCCGUACAACCACGACCUUCCCAGACAGCACCACCGUACGCGCGCCUUGAAGCUCCCAGCCCAGCCAAGCUCUCGACCAACCGAGCCCAGCACCUCCGGCGAGCUUGCCUCCGUCCUCAGCAGCUCCGACGUUCUCCUCUCCACAGCUUCCAGCCACCGCGAGCCCGAAACAACCACCACUGCUCAGCCCCAUUUUCCGGCGGCCUAGUCCCGACCAGCAGCUCACGACCUUCAUGGUUCCAGCCCCUCCAUGCGUCACUGCUCACGUCCACGACCGUGCACCUGGGCCCAACAACCAUCGCGUGCCUCCCCAAGCUCGAGCUUGUUCCAUUGCGCGAUCAGGCCUUUUCAGUUUCUCAGUUCCGCGGAUACCACCCUGCGACGUUCAAUGGGCAGGGAGACCCGAGGCUUGUCGACGAGUGGUUGCGCAGCCUUGACAUGAUUUUUGAGGUGAUGGACUGCCCCGAGCCUCACAGGAUCAUGUGCGCACAGCUACAGAUGAUAGGGGAUGCAGGUCUCUGGUGGCAUUCGUACUGGGAGAUGCGACCCGGGGAGAAGCUGGCCCUCACUUGGGCUGGUCUGAAGGCGCUCCUUCGGGAGAAGUAUUACCCGGCCCACUACAGAGAGAGGAUGGAGAGGCAGUUCCUAGCACUGGAGCAGGGUUCUAGGACUGUCGAUGAGUAUGAGAGAGACUUCACUCGCCUCGGCUUCUUC